UCUUCGUCUUCCGCCGCCGGGAGCUAUAAUCGCCGUUUAGCCGGCGCUCUGAUCUAAAACACAGAGAGCUCUUCGUCUUAUACUAAAACCUCUCCCCAUGUGGAAGACCAAGACGAUAACUAGCUUCAACAGCUUCCUUCAGUCCUACAUGGCAUCAGCGACGCGGCGGUACUCGAGAGUUGCUCCGCCGCAACCGGCGGUUAUCCGCGUGACAAACAACAUAGCACACCUGGGACCUCCAAAGACAGGACCUUUGCCACGUCAGCUCAUGUAUUUGCCUCCUUUCCCCGGCCAUCCGUUACCGGGCAAAAACGCCGUUAACGGAGCUGACGGAGACGUCGGCCACGUCACUGCCAUUAGCUGGGUCAAAUACUACUUCGAAGAAGUCAAUGAUAAGACUAUCCAAUCCCAUUUCACAAAGGGCCUUGUUGUGAUGGAGAAAGAAGAUGGAGUUAGAGCCAUGAGAAAGGUUAAGCAUAACGAGGUGAUGCAAGUAGGAGAUAAGCUCUGGUUGCCUGUUUCAAUCGCUGAAACGAGAAUUUCUAAGAGGUAUGACACUAUACCGAGUGGUACCUUGUAUCCCAACGCAGACGAAAUUGCUUAUCUUCAGAGGCUUGUCCGCUUCAAGGACUCUGCUAUUAUAGUUCUUAAUAAGCCACCUAAGCUUCCGGUCAAGGGGAAUGUGCCUAUACAUAACAGCAUGGAUGCGCUUGCAGCUGCAGCUUUGUCUUAUGGUAACGAUGAAGGUCCUAGAUUGGUGCAUCGUCUUGAUAGGGAAACUAGUGGCCUCUUAGUAAUGGGUCGAACCAAAGAAAGUAUAGAUCAUCUUCACUCCGUGUUCAGUGAUUUCAAAGGGAGAAACUCAAGGUGUAAGGCUUGGAACAAAGCAUGUGAAGCAAUGUAUCAGCGAUACUGGGCACUGGUGAUUGGUUCUCCAAAAGACAAGGAAGGAAUAGUCUCAGCGCCUCUUUCAAAGGUGCUACUGGAUGAUGGGAAAACAGACAGGGUGGUUUUAGCUCAAGGUUCAGGCUUUAAGACUUCACAAGAAGCAAUAACAAAGUAUAGAGUGUUGGGACCAAUGAUCAACGGGUGUUCAUGGUUAGAACUUCGUCCUAUCACUAGCAGAAAGCAUCAGCUACGCGUACACUGUGCUGAAGCUCUCGGCACUCCAAUAGUAGGCGAUUAUAAGUACGGUUGGUUCAUCCACAAGAGAUGGAAACAGAUGCCUCAGGUCGAUAUAGAGCCAACCACUGGGAAACAGUAUAAACUGCGCAGGCCAGAAGGUCUUGAUAUCCAAAAGGGAAGCGUCUUGUCUAAAGUUCCUUUGCUGCAUCUGCAUUGCCGGGAGAUGGUGCUUCCGAACAUCGCCAAGUUUCUCCAUGUCUUGAGCCAACGGGAAGCAGAUCCGCUUCACCCAGGGAUCAGCAGCAAACCUGAUCUCUUGCGGUUUGUAGCUUCGAUGCCUAGUCAUAUGAAGAUCAGUUGGAACAUCAUGUCUUCAUAUUUGGUGUAGCUUUUUUGGUUCCUUUUAUUGUUAACAUUAACAGUUCCUGUAAUUCCCAGCUUUCAUUUUGAGUAUAUUUGUAUUGUAAAUGUAUUUUGCUAUUUUUUUUCUACAAAAUAGAAAUGGGGUUUACUAUAA